GAUGAUUGGCUGUGAAGUUGGACUAUGAUUGGCUGUUAGACGCGGCAUGUCUCUGUGAUUGGCUGAUCGUUGUUUCCGGGGCUUCGCUGUGCUCUCACUGACGUUUGACGGUGUGUAACUCCAGCCGAGAGACCGAUAGAGCGGAGAGAAUGGCUGCCUGUGGAGAGGUAGUGAAACUGUCACAAGUACAAAAUGGAACACCUCCAGCAACCAACUACAAUGGUGUAGAUGCUGUCCAUGCCUGUAACAUCCUUCAACAGCUCAAGGCCUUAUACGAUGAAGCACAGCUCACAGACAUUGUUGUAGAAGUGGACCAUGGCCAGACAUUCUCAUGUCAUCGAAAUGUCCUUGCAGCAAUCAGUCCAUAUUUUAGGUCCAUGUUCACCAGUGGCCUUACAGAGAGCAGCCAACGGGAGGUCAAAAUUGUUGGGGUGGAAUCUGAAUCCAUGCACCUUGUCCUGGACUAUGCAUAUACCUCACGGGUCACUCUCUCAGAAUCAAAUGUCCAGGCCCUGUUUACUGCAGCCAGCAUUUUCCAGAUCCCCGCACUACAGGACCAGUGUGCCCAGUUCAUGAUCAGCCGACUUGAUCCACAGAACUGUAUCGGGGUUUACAUGUUUGCUGAUGCAUAUGGACACCAGGAGCUGAGGGAGCGCUCACAAGACUACAUCCGCAAAAAGUUCAUAUGUGUGUCCCGGGAGCAAGAGUUUCUUCAGAUGACCAAGGAGCAGCUGGUCAGCAUUUUGAACAACGAUGACCUGAACGUCGAAAAAGAAGAACACGUCUAUGAAAGCAUCGUCCGCUGGCUUGAGCACGACCUGCAUGGUCGCGAAACCCACUUAGCUGAGGUGUUCUCCCAGUGCAUUCGCCUGCCCUUGUUGGACGAAGCAUUCCUUAGUGGAAUACCUGCCCCGUUUGCUUGUGCCCUGUCUCUGUCUGAAGACCCAGUGGAGGCCAAAGCCCGCCUUACUGGCAAUAAUGGCUGCCCGCAGCGUUUGGGCAUGACGGCUUCUGAGAUGGUGAUUUGCUUUGAUGCUGCUCACAAGCACUCAGGGAAGAAGCAGACAGUGCCUUGCCUUGACACAGCAACAGGAAGGGUGUUCAAACUCAGCAAACCUCCCAAUGACCUCAGAGAGGUCGGCAUAUUGGUGACAUCUGAGAAUGACAUUUAUAUAGCAGGAGGUUACAGGCCAAGCAACAGCGAGGUGUCUAUAGACCAUAGAGCAGAGAGUGACUUCUGGCAGUAUGAACACUCAGGCAACCGUUGGCUUCCACGUGCACCUCUGCUCAGAGCAAGGAUAGGCUGUAGGCUAGUGCACUGCUGUGGGAGACUUUUCGCACUGGGGGGUCGGGUUUACGAAGGUGAUGGCCGCAAUGCAUUGAAGUCAGUAGAGUACUACGACGCAAGGGACAACUGUUGGACAGCAGUUAGUCCAAUGCCAGUUGCAAUGGAGUUUCACAGUGCUAUAGAGUACAAAGACAGGAUCUUUGUCCUCCAAGGUGAAUACUUCUUUUGCUAUGAUCCACGUAAGGACUACUGGAGUCACCUACCCUCUAUGGGUGUCCCUCGGAGUCAAGGGCUGGCUGCCCUGUACAAGAACUUCAUCUAUUACAUUGCUGGCAUUUGCAGAAAUCAUCAGCGGACCUUCACCGUGGAGGUCUAUGAUAUCGAGAAGGGUAUGUGGUGCCGUAAGAGGGAUCUGCCUUUUGACCAUGCCACAAGCCCAUACAUCAAGGCAAUGCUUCUACAGGGCAAGCUUCACCUGUUUGUACGAGCCACACAGGUCAUGGUGGAGAAGAACGUGUUUCGCACCAGCCGUAAAAACUCCCUUUAUGGGUAUGAUGACAAGGCUGACUUAUGGACCAAAAUCUAUGAGACACCAGACCGCCUCUGGGAUUUGGGUCGCCAUUUUGAAUGUGUGGUGGCCAAACUGUAUCCACAAUGUCUACAGAAAGUGCUUUGAAGUAGCUCUUUUACUUACCCAGUCUCAGAGGCAGCUGGAAGAGUGUUGGUCCUGCCUGCCUUUUGCCUCAUGUUCCCUUUGGUUUUUACCAUCAGGAUCUUUUUCUUUGGUUAAGUCUUAAGUUGUUUAGAACUUUGAUAUAACAUGAUCAAAUUGGGGUGCUUUUAAAGAUAACAGUAUUCUUUUUCCAGACAGCUCAAACAACCCACACAGAUGCUUGUUUAACAAAAACAUACAAUGAAACACAAGUGCAAUUACUCCUCUUUUUUCCUUCUUUUUGAGCCAAUUUAACCAUUUAGUUUUAGAUGCAUAUAGGCAAGGAUUUCUAUAAAUGAUAGGCAUGCAAAGGAGGGUAUAGGAAUAAAACAGUGCCCUCUAGAGAUGUGGAUGCUAUGUGUCAGCAGAAUUUGAAAAUCUAUAUAUAAGUAACUAUAAACUAUAUAUUCAUACGGGUAAGAUAUGUACCAUAGCUUAAUUGAAGUUUGACUCUGAGGGUUUGGUCUCUUUAGCUAGUUUUAUAGGUGAGAAAUUUGAAGUGCUCUUGUGAUUUUUCAUUACCAGUAGUGUUUGUUUUUGGGCUUGAUGAUUUGCCAUUGCCCCAUUUCCUACACAAAUGUCAGUGUGUCAAUCAAUACACUAUAUUAGAGUUCAGAGUUAAAUUUGUGAUGACACUAAAAGGAUAACAAAGUUUAGACCAUCCUUAACAUCUUUACCUCAGAAACUUCAUAGAUGUUUGAUUAGGAAAGGAAAAGGGACAUUACAGGUCGUAAUGUUAAUUAAGUGGGUGAGUGAAAAUACUUAUUUCAGCACUGAGCUCUCUGAAGUUGAUAUUCAACACCAGAUUUUAUGUUUAGGAACAAGAAUUACACAAGCUUUUCUUGCAAAUGCCUAAAAAGCAUUAAAGGUUUUGUUUAAUGUUGACCUGGACAGAUUUUCAUUGUAGCAAUAACUCAUGGAACUGGGCAGUUUUAAGCUUUUACCUUAGUAAAGGUGCAUUUUCUUUUUUUUACCUAUCCCUCUGCUGCAUAUAAGAGCGGAUGUAGUCUUCUGGUUUGACUUCAAAAUUAAAAAUGAGAGCACCUGGUAAUGGACUAGCCUUCAUUUCAAGGGGAAUAGAAGCACUCCUAAUAUUUUUAUGCUAUAGAAACAGCAUAAACAUUGAUUGGCUGUUCUUUUGGUGAGCGUUCCAUUGGGAAGCAAACACAAGACUCUAUGUCCAAAUGACAGGUUGCAGGCAGUGUCUGUGGACAGCCCUAGAGACUGAACCUCAUUUUUCAAUCAUCUACAUCUAUUUGUAUAUGCAGUCUAUGGUGUGUUCAGGUGAAAAUCACAAAGAGUCCAAUAUUUGUUUGGCUGUGGGAUUACUUACAUUAUGUUCAAAUACGUUUUUGAAAAGACAUUUCUUGUCCUCUUGGUUUUAGAAACUGCCAACACUUUUGUGUCAGUGUCUCCAUGGAAACAUAAAUCCGUGUAUUUUCAGUGACUAAACCAACAAAUUGAAUGUGACACAUGGAAAAAUUCAUGGAAUUCAAAAACAACAUAAUGUCGCUGUCUUCUUUUACUUGUGGGCCUAGAGUGAAAGUCUAAGCCACAAAUGCAGCACCCCUUCCUGGAACACUUGGUAACUGCUUCAGAAAGUCAGAGGUGUGCUUGAAUGGGUUUUUGUUGACCUGUAUAUUUUAACUUCACAUGUUUGAAAUAUACAUAAUUUCAGGCCAAAUCCAAUAUACCUGUGGUUCACAAAGACGUUUUAGAAGGAGAAAAAUUCUCCUGAUCAAGAGCAUCUGAAAUGUCUUGCUCGUUGCCCCACCCAUCUCCAGCUUCAGUAACCAUUCACUGCAGAUUUUAUGAACAUUAACCAAUGGGCUUAGCCCAUAUUGGUGUACGCCUUUGUCUGUCGUGACCAUGGAUUUGUCUGGACCUGCCAUCACACGUUGACAACACAAACUGUUGGUGCUGCUUUUUGUUUUACUUUUUCAUUUUUGACAAUCUUGGACAGACUUGGGAAUGCCACAACUGAGUGGUGUCCUCUGUCGAAGUGUGACAUUUCUCUGUUCCUCAUGCAGGUUCCUGUGUCAUCUUUGCACUACGCAUGUAUCAUUAGUUUUAUAUCUGCAGAAUACCCCCUUAGAUUAUUAUUAAGAAUAAAGAAUGGGUCUUAGUAACCAGCACAGCAAUCAUUAAAGAACUUUACGUGGAAAUGGAAACUAGAAGAGUUGUCAGAAAGGACUUGAUGUUAAAGCUUCUCCAAGAGAAGAUCCACUGUUUGAUUGAGUGAACUCUGAAUAAAUAAUGACCUCAUCAAGGGUUAGAGGUUCAUCCACAUGUUGACAGAUCGCCAUUUGAGAACUCUCAGGAUUUCUACUGAUAACACAGUACUGUAUUUAAAUGUUCUUUUGUUACGUGUAAUAUACUGUACUAUAGGUUUUGCUGUACUUGCACAGUUUUUUUAAACUUCAGUUGUUUUAUAACUUGAAAAAAAUAGAUGUGAUUUUCGUUUGUCUUCAGUGGCUGUUAUAUGUUUUUAUUUACAUAAUGACAUAUUUAGAUGAAUUAGUGCGAUUUUUGCUUUGCCGAGAAAAAAAUCCUCUCGAGUGAUACAUUUUGAAUUUCUUUGUUUUUCCUUCUCGUUUUCUGUAGUACAGUAGUUUUGUUCUAGUCUUUCUAACAUCUCACCAAAACUAAGCAUUACAAAUCAACAGAUAAAACAGCUAUUAUUCUUGGGUCAUGUUUCAAACACCAGUCACAUAAAACAACAAGCUAUAAAAGUUCUAUCUGAGUGGCCUCAAGGCUGUCUCGGCUUUUAUUCUGGUCAAUUGUGCAUCGUUUAAAGGUGCUAUUUCAUUAUGUUCCUCGUGCAUUUCUUGUCUCAGUUUAACAUUGCUACAUUUUGUUUUUCCUUUUUGUGUGUUUUUUUUUUUUUAGGUUUGGGUUGUGGUUGAGCUCAACUGUGAAAUUCACAUUGCACAUAAUUUGAAAAUAAAACUAUUAAAUAUA